AUGCUGCAGGGCCUCGGCCCCACGUCGUUCAACUGGCACGGCUCCAUCCCCACCGCUCAGGCGGAUACUCACUUCGAAGCAAACUUUUGUCAUUUCGAUUUUUUUCUUGACACACAAGCGAUGCCGGAUGAGGCGCUUGCCGAGCAGGUAUACAAGGUGCCGGAGGGUGAAUCUCACUGGCAUCUUCGCACCUUCUGGGGGCAAAACCUCUGCUGCAUGCCUGUUGUCAUCACAAGUAUACCCGGUGCUGGAUUUGUCAAUUUCUUUCACCCGAUUUUUAAAUCGUGCUUGAACUUCCAUUCGGUGACCCUUUUGGAAGUGUUAUGUUGUAAUCUUUGCAUGGAACAACCUCACAAAGUUUGUGGCGCGGGAACGUUACUUUCAACGUAA